CUCAGUGCCGUUGGUGAGUUCUCACAGCAUGGCGGAAGGAGUAGUUGUCCGGAUGGAUUGUUACUCACCUUUUAAUUCACGUCUUCUGUCUUGACGGGAGGAUUUUGGGCUUUCGAGACGCAUUUUAUCACACUUCAAAAAACUUCAGCGUAUUCUUACAACGAUGGCAGACCGCGGUGUGGAUUUGGCAGCUCUACCGAAAGAGGUUAGAGAGCAGUUGGCGGAGUUGGAGCUCGAGCUGUCUGAAGGUGACAUCACGCAGAAAGGCUAUGAAAAGAAACGAGCUAGAAUUCUUGCACCGUUCGUACCACAGACCCAAAAUGUGGAUGUGAGCAUCAAGUUGACCCCAGGCCUUUCUUCAGACGCUACCUCUAGCCCUAAUGCCGUCCCCGUUGCCGCCCCACGGCAACAUCGAGCUCACCGCAGCGGGGGAACACGAGAUGACCGAUACCGGUCAGAUAUCCACACAGAGGCUGUGCAGGCAGCUCUGGCCAGGCAUAAAGAGGAGAAGAUGGCCCUUCCCAUGCCCACUAAGCGUCGUUCAGCCUUCGUCCAGUCUUCUGCGGAAAACUGCACUCCUCCCGAUACAUCGUCGGCGUCAGAGGACGAGGGCUCCCUGCGGAGGCGUCAGGCUGCAAUCAGCGCCAUGCUGGCUCAGAAUCUCCAGAGUCCUGAGUACUGGAUCAACCGUUCUGUCCAGAGCUCCUCCACCUCCUCCUCCGCUUCUUCCACUCUCUCUCAUGGAGACGGCAAAACUCACAACCACAACCACAGCCAGGGGCAGACCAGCGUGCUCGCCGACGUGCUGGCACACACCCGCAUAGAGAGCAGCAGCGUUCCGCCUGACGUCACGUCUACGGUGCCUCAGGACAGGAACUCCAGAGUGGACCUGCCACCCGCAGUGAGGGGCAUGAGCCGCGGCCAGAGCCGCUCCAGCAUGAUGGACACUGCCGGCGGUGUUCCAGCACACAGUCGUGUCUCCACCAAAAUACAGCAGCUGCUCAACACGUUAAAGAGACCCAAGCGGCCUCCGCUCAGCGAGUUCUUCCUAGAUGACUCUGAAGAGAUUGUGGAGGUUCCACAGCCAGAUCCCAACACACCCAGGCCAGAGGGGCGACAGAUCAUUCCAGUAAAGGGAGAACCACUAGGGGUGGUCAGUAACUGGCCUCCAGCUCUGCAGGCGGCACUUGCACGAUGGGGAGCAACACAGGCCAAGAGUCCAGCCCUCACUGCCUUGGACAUUACCGGCAAACCACUCUACACCCUUACCUAUGGUAAACUGUGGAGUCGCAGUCUGAAGUUGGCGUACACGCUGUUAAACAAACUUGGCACCAAAAAUGAUCCAGUUCUGAAACCUGGAGAUAGAGUGGCAUUAGUUUAUCCCAACAGUGACCCUGGGAUGUUCUGGGUGGCCUUUUAUGGGUGCCUUCUCGCCGAGGUCAUUCCUGUCCCAAUAGAGGUGCCUUUAUCUCGUAAGGACGCAGGAAGUCAGCAGAUAGGUUUUUUAUUGGGUAGCUGUGGUGUGGGUCUUGCUCUCACUAGUGAAGUGUGUCUAAAAGGACUUCCAAAGACCCAGAAUGGAGAAAUAAUGCAAUUUAAAGGAUGGCCUCGGCUCAAAUGGGUGGUCACCGAUACCAAGUAUCUCACCAAACCCUCCAAGGACUGGCAGCCGCACAUACCUACUGCAAACACUGACACUGCUUACAUAGAGUACAAGGCCUCUAAGGAGGGUACGGUUAUGGGAGUGGCUGUGUCGAAAAUCUCCAUGCUGACACACUGUCAGGCUCUAACGCAGGCCUGUAAUUACUGUGAAGGAGAAACACUGGUUAAUGUCCUGGAUUUCAAGAAAGACUCAGGCCUUUGGCAUGGAGUUUUAACGAGUGUCAUGAACAGGAUCCACACUAUUAGUGUGCCAUAUUCUGUCAUGAAGGCUUGUCCACUGUCCUGGGUACAGAGAGUUCACGUUCACAAAGCUCGUGUGGCUUUGGUGAAAUGUAGAGACCUGCACUGGGCUAUGAUGGCUCACAGAGAUCAAAAGGAUACCAAUCUGUCUUCCCUGCGCAUGCUGAUUGUAGCUGAUGGAGCCAAUCCUUGGUCUGUGUCUUCAUGUGAUGCCUUCCUGAACGUGUUUCAAUCUCAUGGAUUGAAACCUGAGAUGAUCUGCCCAUGUGCUUCCUCCCCUGAGGCCAUGACAGUAGCCAUCCGCAGGCCUGGUGCUCAGGGCGCUCCACUCCCUGCCAGGGCCAUUUUAUCAAUGGCAGGACUCAGUCACGGGGUGAUUCGGGUCAACACAGAAGAUAAGAACUCUGCCCUUACAGUGCAAGAUGUAGGACAUGUCAUGCCUGGAGCUCUGAUGUGUAUUGUGAAGCCCGAUGGGCCGCCCAUGCUCUGUAAGACUGAUGAGAUCGGAGAAAUAGUGGUGAACUCGCGUGCCGGAGGCACCAUGUACUACGGCCUGCCCGGGGUGACAAAGAACACAUUUGAGGUGAUUCCUGUAAACUCUGGUGGUACCCCUAUUGGAGACGUUCCUUUCACACGCACUGGACUGUUGGGCUUUGUGGGUCCAGGAAGUUUGGUGUUUGUGGUUGGAAAGAUAGAGGGUCUGCUUUCAGUCAGUGGGCGCAGACACAAUGCAGAUGACCUGGUGGCCACAGCGUUGGCGGUGGAGCCCGUCAAAACAGUUUACCGCGGGAGGAUUGCUGUGUUCUCCGUCACUGUAUUCUAUGAUGAGCGAGUCGUGAUUGUGGCAGAGCAGAGGCCUGAUGCUAAUGAAGAAGACAGUUUCCAGUGGAUGAGUAGAGUCUUACAGGCGAUAGACAGUAUCCACCAGGUGGGCUUGUACUGUUUGGCGCUGGUCCCUGCUAACACGUUACCCAAAACUCCUUUGGGUGGUAUUCAUGUGUCUGAGACCAAGCAGCACUUCCUGGAGGGAUCUCUGCACCCUUGCAAUAUUCUGAUGUGCCCUCAUACGUGUGUAACCAACCUUCCAAAACCCAGACAAAAGCAACCAGUGGGAGUCGGUCCAGCCUCCAUUAUGGUGGGCAACCUGGUGGCAGGAAAGAGGAUCGCACAGGCUAGUGGGAGAGAUCUUGGGCUCAUUGAUGACCAAGAGCAAUCCAGAAAGCUCUGUGUGUGGCCCACUAACAUGCACCAGUUCCUGUCUGAAGCCCUGCAGUGGAGAGCACAGACUGAUCCGGAUCAUGUCCUCUAUAUGCUGCUGAAUGCAAAGGGUGUAGCAGUGAGCACAGCCACGUGUUCUCAACUGCACAAGCGAGCAGAGAAGAUCACAGCAGCUUUGCUGGAAAGAGGAGGAAUUAACACUGGAGACAACGUAGUACUGCUUUAUCCUCCCGGCAUAGACCUAAUCGCUGCCUUUUAUGGCUGUCUAUAUGCGGGCUGUAUUCCGGUCACCGUCAGGCCUCCUCAUCCACAAAACCUUGGCGCCACCCUCCCCACAGUCCGAAUGAUCAUAGAUGUGAGCAAAGCAUCCUGCAUCCUCACGACUCAAACCUUGAUGAAAAUUUUGCGGUCUAAAGAAGCAGCAGCCAGUGUGAAUGUGAAAACUUGGCCGAAUAUAAUAGACACAGAUGAUCUUCCCAGAAAACGGCCUUCACACAUCUAUAAACCUCCCACUGCGGAAAUGUUGGCCUACCUGGACUUCAGUGUGUCCACCACAGGCAUGCUGACUGGAGUUAAGAUAUCUCACUCAGCGGUCAAUGCUCUGUGUCGGUCCAUCAAACUGCAGUGUGAGCUGUACUCAUCUAGACAAAUUGCCAUCUGCAUGGACCCCUACUGUGGCCUGGGCUUUGUUCUGUGGUGUAUGUCUAGUGUUUAUUCAGGUCACCAGUCAAUCCUGAUCCCUCCCAUGGAGUUGGAGACGUCUCUGCCCCUGUGGCUGAGCACGCUCAGUCAGUAUAAGAUCAGAGACACCUUCUGUUCAUACUCAGUCAUGGAGCUCUGCACCAAGGGCCUUGGCACACAGACUGAAGCUCUAAAGGCGCGCGGCGUGAACCUGUCGUGUGUAAGGAGCUGUGUCGUCAUUGCUGAAGAGAGGCCUCGUUUGACUCUCACGCAGUCAUUCUCCAAGCUCUUCAAAGAUUUGGGCCUGUCUCCACGUGCAGUGAGCACCGCUUUCGGCGCCAGAGUCAACCUGGCCAUCUGUCUACAGGUUGGGGCAAAAAAUAUACUGUGUCAGCUGUGUCAUGACGCAAACCAGAGCCUUAUUUUGAUUUCUGUCUCCUUCCAUCAGGGCACUGCUGGUCCAGACCCGUCCACUGUUUAUGUAGACAUGAAGUCCCUCCGGCAUGACAGAGUGAGGCUGGUGGAGAGAGGAGCUCCUCAGAGUCUGCCGCUGACGGAGUCUGGGACUAUUCUACCUGGAGUGAGAGUAAUCAUUGUGAACCCAGAGACAAGAGGUCCACUAGGAGAUUCUCAUUUGGGCGAGAUCUGGGUGAACAGUCCUCAUAAUGCCAGUGGUUAUUAUACCAUCUAUGGUGAGGAGAGCCUGCAGGCAGACCACUUUAACACACGGCUGAGCUUUGGAGACACUGAAACGCUCUGGGCCAGAACUGGAUAUCUGGGAUUUGUCAAGAGGACAGAGCUACUGGAUGCAAGUGGAGAUCGCCACGAUGCUCUGUUUGUGGUGGGUUCGCUCGAUGAAACACUGGAGUUGCGAGGUUUGCGUUAUCACCCUAUUGACAUUGAGACCUCUGUGUCUCGGGCGCACCGCAGCAUCGCUGAGAGUGCCGUCUUUACAUGGACCAACCUGUUGGUGGUUGUAGUGGAGCUCAAUGGAUCUGAGCAGGAAGCUCUCGAUUUGGUUCCCCUGGUCACUAAUGUGGUUCUGAAAGAGCAUCACCUCAUCGUUGGUGUGGUGGUCAUCGUAGACCCCGGCGUCAUCCCUAUCAACUCGCGGGGCGAGAAGCAACGCAUGCACCUGCGCGACUCUUUCCUGGCCGACCAGCUGGAUCCCAUCUACGUGGCGUACAAUAUGUGAGCUUGAACUAACAUGCUUAAAGCUCAACACGGCACCCAAAGAACCACUCGCAACGCGGCCGUUCCUCUGUCAGCACGCAACACGGAGGAAGAAGCCGGCUUGUCUUCUUUCCACCCCUGCGCUGAGCCUUGUACAUAUUUGUAUGUUCUUUUUAAUGUGAUUGUGGCCUGUUCGACCAAUGGUGGUCACCCGGCUCAAGCCAUCCAACCUUCUCUGGACCUCCAGGAGGGUGGUGCUCUUCUUUCAGAACAUCUUUCUGCCCUUUAAAGCAGGUGAAACCACAUUUUCGCCAGUUGCAUUGACUUGGUGCCACUUCCAAUAUGCCUCUUCCAUAGAGCAGCGCUUGUGCUCUUGCAGUCAAACCUGAGGGACUAACAUGAAGCUUUCCUGCGCACUUUAUCUCCUCUCGUGGCUGGAGGAAUGUCAUUUGGUUUUCAUUCUGGAAGUGCUAACUUUAGGUUUAUGGAUCAACAGUAUCACCAGCAAAACAAACAUAUCUUCUUUUAUUUAAAACUGCUAGUGAUUUUAAUGGUUUUAAAAUAAAUGCACCACAUUUUAUGAUCGCCUGACAGGUUUCUUUUUUUAACUCACAUUUCCAACUGUAAUUGUAAGAACUGGAGUGAGAAGUUUGUGACGUUGUCCUCACUGAAAGCACAGCAGUUUUAACACAAUACAUUCGUAACUUGACAUCUUAUAUGCAUUAGAUGUAUAUUGAGGGUGACAGAAAUGUUUGGAGAUGAAGACAGUUCCAUGCCUAGUCUUUUAAAAGUAUGUUUCUGUCUUCGUUUUGAUUUGAGGUGACUGGAAAGGUGAAGAGAUGGAAGGUGUUUGUAUGUAGACUAUAUAUUGUAGUGUCUCACUGGUGUUACUGUAUAAACAAAUGGACCCUGUUAUUUGGUCCUCCAAAAACUUGACUGAUCUUUCAUACUUGAUGGCAGUUCUUAGCAACUGAUUUAGAUCAUGAUGCGAAAACAAUAAAAAAUAUUUUUACACAUUACAACCGUCACAAAAAAACAGUUUUCAGCGUUUUGUCAUUCUGCUACUCGUAAGCCCCGUUCAUGCCGAGCAAGUCUCUGUUGGUGUGAACAACCCUUCGCAAUGUUUUCCUGAGUGUUUUGGAUGUGUGUAAGAGAGAGCGAGUGUGCUAGAAGGCAAAAAGGGUGUUUUAACCGACUUGCGGAAAAGAGAAUGUGAGCUAAGAGAGGAAAUAUCUUUUCUAUCUUAAUAAAAUUACAGUAACAUUUAUUAGCACCUAACAUGUUUAUUUCAAAAUGGCCUUAGAUAUCAAAAUUUUCUUUCUUCCUGCAGAUUGUUUACAUGUGAAAUUCUGUGCAGCUCUUUCUUUAACAAUGCACACAUUCUCUUAACUGUUUUUUUGUAUUUUAAUUCAUUUCUUAAUUGUCAAAAUAUUGAGUGUGUUGAUGCAAAAUUUACAAAGUUUUAUGUUAAUUAAAUUUAUUGUUGUCAUCACUGAA